UACAUUUUACGCGUAGCACUUGAAGGCAACAUUAUCAACAGCGUCUCUGAGGUUCCCUCAUCAAAUGGGUGUGGGCGAAAUGCGCAUGUGCGUGGCUGAGCUCUAUCGGAAGCAAAGUCGGGCUUAUCCAAAGGAUCCACAUCAAAAACCGAAAAUAAAAGAGUCAUGUCAGGAUUUCUGGACGGAAUCCGGUGCGGAGACUGUGAGUGCAAUGUGGACUGGGGAGAGAGACGAAACACCAUCGCUUCUGUUGCUGCUGGAGUCCUGUUCUUCACUGGUUGGUGGAUCAUCAUCGACGCUGCAGUGAAAUACCCCGGGCAGGGAGAGUUUCAUCAUGCCUACCAUACGUGUGGGGUCAUAGCUACGGUGGCGUUUCUCAUGAUAAAUGCUGUUUCCAAUGGCCAAGUGAGAGGAGACAGCUACAGCGAAGGCUGCAUGGGACAGACAGGCGCUAGAGUGUGGCUCUUCAUUGGCUUCAUGCUGGCUUUUGGCUCCCUCAUUGCCUCCAUGUGGAUCCUGUUUGGAGGAUUCGUCGUGCCUCAGAAACCUGUGGUCUACCCUGGUAUCGCCAUCUUCUUCCAAAAUGCAUUCAUUUUCUUUGGGGGUUUGGUCUUCAAGUUCGGGCGUACAGAGGAUCUCUGGCAGUAAUGAACUCCGUGUCUCUACAUGUCUAUGGUUAUACACCCUGCUUUCUGUAAUUAUACGAGACAAUAUACUUCUGUGUCUAUUCACUUUAUACAUAUAACUUUCUUAGCUUUCAGGUGAACAUGUUUAAUUUAUAUAAUUUGCUGUAUAGGAGCUAAAUCAUUACUAAGCACAAAUUUCCAUAGAGCUUGGGAAAGUUUGAAUAUUCUGACUCAGGCUGCGUUGCCACGUUGUUAACAUGGUUUACAACUUGUGUUGUGUACAACAAAAAGUGUGUACCCUGCUACCCUGAACUGUCCACAUUUCAUUUUCGGUAGACUUGUUUGUAUAACAUCCUUCAUUUUAAACCAUCUUGGGUGGAAAGUUUGUAAUUAUAUAUAAUGGUACAAAAUAUUAUCGACAGCAAUCUUUCAUAAUUUACACGCAUUUACUGAAUGUAACCAUAUGGGGUUGUUGGUAUUUUUCCUGAAAUAACACUGCAUCGGCUCUGAAAUUUGCAGUAAUAAAGUUUUAUUAUUGAAAUUUAAGUAGCCCACACUGCUGACCAGAAGUCAACAAAGGAGGAGAGGAGAUUUGUAUCUUAAAUGCAACAAUUAUUCAUUUUACUUGUUUAUCACCCAAUUCAGCACUGACAGCAUUAAACACACAUAACAGUAAA